AUGGGUGUAUCCUGCCUCGACGGCUGUGUUAUCGGUCUUGAUUUGAGCAAUGAGUGGAUUUCCGGUGGGGUUGGUAAUUCAAGCAGUCUUUUCAGUCUUCGGUUCUUGCGAAAUUUGAACUUGGCUUUCAACAAGUUUAAUUCUACGAUGCCGUCUGGGUUUAAGAGGCUUUCGAAUUUGAGUGUGCUGAAUAUGUCUAAUUCUGGAUUUUGGGGCCAGAUUCCUAUUGAGAUUUCAAGCUUAACUGGGUUGGAUACGCUCGAUCUUACUAGCUCAUCUCUCUUUCAAGUUUCGACACUGAAGCUUGAGAACCCAAAUUUGAUGACUGUUGUUCAGAAUUUGAGCAAUUUGAGAGUCCUAUAUCUUGAUGGUGUAGAUUUGUCAGCAGGAGGAAGUGAAUGGUGCAAGGCCUUGUCGUCUUCAUUGAUUAAUCUCAGAGUGUUGAGUUUAUCGGGAUGUUCUCUUACGGGACCUCUUGAUUCUUCCCUUGUGAAGCUUAAGUAUCUAUUAGAACUUCGUCUCGAUAAUAACAACUUUUCCUCACCGGUUCCCAAGGAAUUUGCAGAUUUCUCAAUUUUGACUUUGCUGCAUCUUAGCAAUUCAAGAUUGUUUGGAGAAUUUCCACAAAGUAUUUUGCAGGUAUCAACUCUUCAGACUCUGGACUUGUCUAAUAAUAUGUUGCUGCAAGGUUCUCUUCCAGAUUUUCAAUCCAUUAGACCCUUUCGAACUCUGUUGCUCCGUGACACAAACUUUUCUGGGGCACUGCCAAAUUCUAUUGGAAAUUUUAAGAAUUUGUCCAGAUUAGACUUGGCGAGUUGCAACUUUGGUGGGUCGAUCCCAAAUUCUAUCGAAAAUCUCACACAACUCACAUAUAUGGAUCUUUCGAGCAACAAAUUUGUUGGUCCAAUCCCAUCAUUUUCUCUAUUGAAGAAUCUUACUGUCUUAAACCUUGCUCAUAAUCGGUUGAAUGGUUCUUUGCUUUACACCAAAUGGGAAGAACUUUCCGAUCUCGUUAAUCUUGAUUUGCGUAACAAUUCCCUCACUGGAAAUGUUCCUUUAUCUCUCUUCAACCUUCCAUCAAUCCAGAAGAUUCAACUGUGCUACAACCAAUUUACUGGUAGUUUGAAUGAGCUCUCCAAAGUGUCUUCUUUCUUACUUGAUACCCUUGCUUUGGAGAGCAAUCGGUUAGAAGGGCAAUUCCCAUCGAAGUUUUUUGAACUUCGAGGUCUGAAGAUUCUCUCACUUUCUUUCAACAAUUUUACCGGAAGAUUGAAUCUAACCAUGUUCAAGCAGCUUAAGAAUAUUACGAGACUUGAACUCUCAAGCAACAGCCUCUCCGUUGAAACAGAAAGCACUGACUUUCCUCUAAUGACCACAUUAAAGUUAGCUUCCUGCAAUUUAAGAAUGUUCCCUGGCUUCUUGAAAAAUCAACUGAAACUCAACUCUCUUGAUCUCUCCCACAAUGAACUUCAAGGACACGUACCUCUCUGGAUUUGGGAUCUUGGAAACCUCAGCCAAUUAAAUCUUUCUUGCAACUCUCUUGUUGGUUUUGAAGGGCGUCCAAAGAAUCUUUCUUCCAAACUCUAUCUUCUUGACCUUCAUUCCAACAAAUUUGAAGGACCACUUUCUUUCUUUCCUCCAUCUGCUGCCUAUUUGGAUUUCUCCAAUAACAGGUUCAGUUCUGUCAUUCUACCUGAUGUUGGAAAGUACCUAUUAACCACUGUCUUCUUUUCUCUGUCAAGAAAUCUCAUUGAAGGUAAUAUUCCUGAAUCCAUAUGCGAUGCUAAGAGUCUUCAGGUACUGGAUCUGUCUAAUAAUAAGUUGAGUGGCAUGUUUCCCCAUUGUCUAUCUGAGAGGAAUGAUAAUCUCGUGGUACUAAAUCUAAGAGUAAACACCUUAAGUGGCCCUAUUCCUGAUACAUUUCCAGUUAAAUGCGGUCUGAGGACUCUUGAUCUAAGUGGAAACAACAUUGAAGGGCCGGUACCAAAGUCUUUAUCGAAGUGCCAUGAUUUGGAGGUUUUGGACCUUGGGAAUAAUCAGAUAAAUGAUGUCUUUCCAUGCCCAUUGAAGAGCAUAUCCACUUUACGGGUGCUUGUUCUUCGCUCAAACAAUUUUCAUGGGAAGUUUGGAUGUCUCGGGAGCCAUGGCACUUGGAAGAGCUUGCAAAUUGUUGACAUAUCUCGAAACAACUUUAGUGGUAGCAUAUCUGGAAAAUGCUUAGAAAAGUGGAGAGCAAUGGUGGAUGAGGAAGACUUUAGCAAGUCAAAAGCUAAUCACCUUCGUUUUAAUUUCUUCAAAUUCAGUGCUGUGAACUAUCAAGACACAGUAACUAUUACAAGCAAAGGUCUAGACGUUGAACUGACAAAAAUUUUAACAGUCUUCACUUCCAUCGACUUCUCAUGCAAUCACUUCAAUGGCCAUAUACCUGCACAAAUCGGAGAACUCAAAGCGCUUUAUCUUCUCAACUUGUCCCACAAUUUUCUGUCCGGUGAAAUUCCUUCAUCCAUAGGAAAUUUGAGUCAGCUGGGUUCUUUAGACCUUUCAAGUAACAGUCUUACUGGCACAAUCCCUUCAGAGCUUGCAAGACUAUCGUUUCUAUCUGUAUUGAAUCUCUCCAACAAUCUCUUGGUCGGGAAGAUCCCCAUGGGCCCUCAAAUCCAAACAUUUCCACCAGCUUCCUUUGUAGGCAAUAAAGGAUUAUGUGGAGGCCCUUUGCCAGAAUGUAAAACUGCCACUCCUCCAACUUCAGGUACAACUAUCCCAAAGUCAGCUUCAGUAGCUAAUGCUGAUUGGCAAUUCAUAUUCAUUGGAGUUGGGUUUGGAGUAGGAGCAGCUGCAGUUGUUGCUCCUUUUACGUUUUUGGAGGUCGGGAAAAAAUGGUCCAAUGACACGAUCGACAAAAUUCUUCUGGCCAUUCUUCCAUUGAUGGGAUACAUCUACCUGACUUCCAGUGACCGCAAAGUCGAACCAGAAGAUGAUAGUGACGACGAUGAUGAGGAUGAUUAUAUUGCAGUUAGGUAUGAAAAUGAAGAAAGUGAAGAAAGAUCCUCAGAAUUUAAAGGGCGAUAUUGUGUGUUUUGUUCCAAACUUGACAUCUAUAGGAAGAAGGUUAUUCAUGAUCCUCGAUGUACAUGUCUCUUAUCACCAUCCCCAUCUUCUUCUUUUUCUACAUUUCGAGAAAAAAAUUAA